AUGUUUGAUUCUCCCCUUGCGGGGUGCCGUUGUGUCAAUCCUGUUGAUGAAUCCUCCUGUUUGAACUUACUGUCGUGAGGCUCCGCUCUCCAUGGUGACGCUGCUUCUCGAUUUGUUGGGAGUUCUUUCCUAUUGGGCUUACCAAACGACGCGCAGUUCCUCAGGUCGCAUGGACUGAUUGGGCCAAGCGCGAGAGCAGUUCUCAUGUCAGCAACCUCUUGUGCUACAACUUCGAAUUAAUUCUCCAUUUUUUCCAGUAGCAGGGUUUCUUCUGCUGCUCUCUUGCGAUCCGAGUCGGGUCUGGCACUCGACGUAAUUCUUAGAAGACUCACGAGCGGAAUACGAUCGCCUCGGCACGCGCUUCUGCACAGGCCUCCCAGAAGCUCGACGAUCGGUAGUAGUACCGUUGUUUCUGCCAACCAACUCUUGUCCUCGCCUCUCAGUCCAGUUUCCCACGUUUCACCACCGUUACUACCACCGUUACUACCCCCGUUACUACCCCCGUUACUUCCCCUGCUACCUCCCCCGUUACUACCGCCGUUGCCGCCAGCUGCCGUUCUCACCAUCAUCCAGCGACGUUCUCGCUUCCUCCACCUCCACCACCACCGCAACCACCAGCCUUCCCGCCACCACCCUUGCCACCAUAACUCCCAGACGUCAUACCAUCGCGCGCCAUGGAGGCGAGUUCGAUGGCGGAUUUCGCGACGCUGGUGAUCUUCAUGUUCUCGGGCCUCGGCGCCAUUCUCCUGCUCUUCUUCCUUCUCCACUUUUUCACUUUCUUCCGUCGCCUGCUCGCCUCGCGAAUGUACAUGAACGACCCCCAUGCUCCCCAAAAGCCCAUGGCCCGGCCGUUCGACUGGGUCGUUCCAGUAUUGAAGGCCUCGGAAGCGGAUAUUAUCGAGUGUGCAGGGCUGGAUGCUGCAGUGUACCUGAGAAUGUUUCAGUUCAGUAUUCAGCUGUUUGGUGUGCUGAGCCUGCUCUGCCUGCCCGUGCUUCUACCGCUUAACGCCGUUAGCAGCCAUAAGCUGUUGACCGAUGGCGCUUAUGUGAGCAAUUCCUCCACCACCACCAUUAGUACGGCGACGACUAUGACUAUAGGGAACACGACCACCACGACUACUACUAAGACCAUUUCUACUACUACGUACAACAACAGCAAGCCUGUUAGCAGCAGCAACAGCAGCCUGAACGGCACCAGCAGCAGCAACAGCAGCAGCAGCGGCAACAGCAGCGGAUCAGGAAAUAGCAGCCAGGUACCCGCUCGGUUGGGUCACGUGCUCCUUGAAAGGCAGCGGGGAAGCGAGGGUAGACACAGCAGCUGGAAUGGAGGGUUAGACGAUAGAGGCCGUACGAGGAUCGAAAGGAGCACUUUAAGGGUCAGUGCAAGCAGCGGUAAUAGCAGUGGGGGCGGGAGCCGCAGCAGCAGUAACAGCACUGGCAGUGGUAGCAAAAACGGCACGCUAUAUGACAGUUGCAGGGGCUACUAUUGGAACAGCACGGAGGGCUGCUGGAAUGUGACUGAAACGUGCGGAAACACUACGCUGAGACAAUACUGUAUAAGCAUGAUCGGGCUUCCUUAUGGAGUGGAUGUGAACUACAGUAGCACCGGUUUCACGUACAUUACAGGGUAUAACUAUUCGAACCUGCUGGAUAAUUACUCCAUGAAUGGUUUGCCCUUUCCCGGAGGCCCCUGGACCUGCAUUCCUACUGGGAAUUUCUCUACCCCUAACAGCACCACUGUUACCACCACCAGCACCACUGUCACCACCAGCACGCCCUUCAACAGCUCCACUUUAGACUUCCUCUCUAUAAGCAACGUCCCGCCGGGAUCCCCCAUCUUCUGGGCCCAUCUGGUGAUGCUGUACGCGGUGUCCAUAACGACGUUCUUAAUCACCUGGUGGACGUACCGCCACGUGUGGGGGCUCAGGCACGACUACCUGGCGUCUAGAGCCAAGGUGUUACAUCCGGAGGAGUAUGUGGUGCUGGUUACCGACGUGCCGCAGCCGCCGAAGCUGAGGCAGGAGUCUAGCGUCGGCCUGUUUGCACCCAAAGAAGGAGUUGUCCCGACAGUGAAGCUAAGCAAGCCGGCAGUGCGGCGGCUCUUCACGCUCCUACGCAUCUGCACCAUGGGCGUGGUGCAGCCGCCCCAGCGCGCCGACUGCACGGCGGCGUCCGCCGUGGCGGACUCACAGUUCGUGGACCACUACUUCUCGCGGCUGUACCCCGAGGCGUACAUCAACAACCAGGGCGUGGCGAGCUACGGCAAGGUCAUGCGCGCGUACCGCCGGUGGUGCCACGCCGUGCAGAUGCUGGACCGCACGCGGUUCCGGUUCCAGCAGAGCUUGGAGCGCAACAGGCAGCGGAAGAACCCACGUUUGGAGGAGGAGCUCGUGCCCAUGCGACGCCAGGGACUGCUGCGCCAGGUAUUGAUGUGGGGUCCCCGGGAGGAGAGCAUUCCGUACUGGAUUCGCCAGGUGGAGGACGCUACCACAGCACUCAAGGAGGCGCAGCGGACCGCAUCCACACGAAGGCGCACGGGUGCGGCCUUCGUGGCCUUCUCCAAGCGGCGGUCGUCAGCAGUGGCAGUGCAGACGGCCCACGCGCUGCAGGGCUCGGCAUGGCUCGUGCACCGCGCUCCAGAGCCGCGCGACAUGGUGUGGCAGAACCUGGAGCCGCGGUUCUGGGAGCGGCGGAUCCGCACGCAGGUCGCCAACGGGAUCUUCGUGUGCUCUGUUGUGUUCUUCUACCUGCCGGUUACCGCUGCGAGCUUUCUGAUAUCGUUUGAGACGCUCGCAGCUAUCUUUCCGCCGCUGCAGACCAUGGAUAAGAGCGGGCUGCUGCACAAGGGUCUGACGCUUAUCCUGCCAGCAGUGGGGCUGCGCGUGUGCUACUGGAUCGCCCCGCCGCUCAUGGUGCUGCUCUCGUACAUGCAGGGCUGCAUCUCCACGUCCGCUGCUGAGCGCCUGGCCGCCGAGCGCUUCUACUACAUCCUGCUCUGCAACGUGUUCUUUGGGUUCUUCUUCACCACCUCCGUGCUGCAGCAGAUCCGGCUCCUAUUAGAGCAGCCGUCGUACGCGCUGGAGAUCCUGGGGCAGUCGGUGCCGAGCACGUCGGGCUUCUACCUGUCGUACGUGAUGACGUCCACCAUCAUCUUUGGCGUUGAGCUGCUGCGCCUGCCCAUUGCGCUCUUCGUCUACCUCUUCCGCGUGCUCUUCACCGGGGUCCAGGUCGCCGAUCGCGAGAAGCUCUGGAACCAGGGCGGCAUCAACUACCACAUCUUCUUCCCGUACCAGAACCUGGUGAUCACCAUUGGACUCGUGUACGCUGUCAUCGCGCCCAUCAUCCUACCCUUCGUCUGCUUCUACUCCUGCGUCGGGUACCUCGUUUGGAAGCACCAGAUUAUGUACGUGUACUCGUACCCGUACCAGACAGGUGGGCUGCUGUGGAUAAAGUUUGUGGGGCACGUGAACACCGCCCUCAUCAUCGCUCAGGUGACGGUGAUCGGCAUCUUAAGUAUCAAGCAGGCGUACCUGCAGGCGGCAGUGGCUGCGCCCUUGCCCUUCGUGACCUUCUACUUCAUGGCGCUCGUGCAUGCCAAGUUCACCAACACCUUCCAGUUCCUUCCCUUGGAGCUAGCGGUGGACGUGGACGAGUACAACCAGAGCCACUCCAUGCGUGACGCCAUGGACGGCAUGGCGUCCGAGUACAUGCCCUUCUGCAUGCGCCCGCUGCGCAACCCCGACCUCUCGCCCAGCGCGCCCCCCGAGGCGAACAUCCACCAGUUUAUCAACCCGGACUUCUACGUGUCUCCUCUGGAAGCCACGAUGGUGGAAGCUAGGAAGCUGUCUGUGAUUGCGCAUUCCAUGAGCCUCAGAAGGUUCAAGGGGCCCGGGUCGUUUGGAGAGGCGGACGGGAGUGGGUCGGGUAGGUCUGCUGCUGCUGGGGGUGGUGGUGGGGGGGAUGGGGAGUUGGAGGGGGGUGGAGUAGCAGGGGGGUCGGGAGAAGGGGAGGCAAGGGAGGGAGGGGGGGGUAUGUGGGGGGCUGUGCUUUCACGGGUGCCGCUGUUGGCGUGGCUGGGACGGGGGAUGUCGAAGGCGCAGGGAGAACAGCAGGAGGGUGGAAUUGGCACUAGUGACGCAGCUGCUGGUGCUGGUGGUGCUCAUGGUGCUGAUGGUGCUGCUGGUGGCAGUACCAGUAGCAGUACUAAUAGCACGAUUGGUGCAAAGGAUGGGGCUGGAGGAGGAGGAGGAGGAGGAGGAGGAGGAGGAGGAGGAGGAGGAGGAGGAGGAGGAGGAGGAGGAGGAGGAGGAGGAGGAGGAGGAGGAAAGGGAGGGUCGGACCCAGCGCGUGGCGUGGCGUGGCACGUUGCUGAGGGGAGGGUAGUGGCGGAGGGGUCAGAAGCUUGCCAGUUGAAUGGUGGUGGUGGUGGUGUGGACGUGGAGGGGAGAAUGGAAGGCAUAGCGGAGGGGACAGGAGCGGAGGAGGAGGAGGAUGGAUAUGGGGAGCAGCAAGGGGAGGAGGAGGGCGAGAACGGUCCGCUAUUAAGGCACUCGGAGGGGCACGUCGCUGGGCAUGAUGUGACAGCGAGUGCAAGGGGACAUGAGGAUGGGGUGUCAGGGCAUAGGCAUGGGCAUGGGCAUGCGCAUGGCACAGGAGUUGCUUGUUUUUCCGCUGCAUUUGGGGGGCAUGUGAAUAGGGCGAGUGGGCAAGGGAUGGAUUCGGAUAGCAACGCCGACGGGGAGAGAGGAGUAGAUGCAGAGGAAGAAACAACGGCUGGGGAUGGUGGAGAGGAAGCAUCCAACAGUGCAGAUGAGCUGGGAACUGGGCCGAGCAGAGAACAAGAGAGAAGUGGGAGGGAAGGGGGGAAGGCAGAGGACGGAAGGAAGGAAGGAGAGAGGGUGUUGGUGGGGGAAGGAAGCGGGGUAAGGGGCAGCUGGGGGGACGUCAGAGCUGCUGCUGCUGCUGCUGCUGGUGCUGGUGCUGCUGGUGCUGCUGGUGCCACUAACACGACAACGAGAGAAGAGCCUGGAGAGGGGAGUGUGAGCAGCGUGGGUGGGACAAGGGAGGAUGGCAGGAGAAGCAGUGAUACCACUAGCGGCACAACGAUGGGCUCCGCCACGCGUGGUGCUGCAGGUGUUGCUGUGGCUGGUGGGGGUAUAGGAGAGGGAAUAGGAGAAGGCUGUCAGGAAGGGAACGCGAGAGUGCAGGAGAGGAGUGAGAGGGAGCUGGGAGGAGCGAGCGUGUCAGUCCGAAGCAUGUGGCCGAGCAGCGAGGGGAGUGCAAGCGCGGGGUAUGGUGGCCCGUCCUGGAGUAUGAGUGGAGACAUCAUUCAGUACAAUCACAGCGAUGCCACUGGACUCCCAGGUGCAGAUGCUGAUGGUGUCAGCGCUGCUGGUGACAGUAACGCUGGUGACGUCGCUGGCGGUGCUGGUACUGGUGAUCGUGCCAGUGUUGCUGCUGCUGCUGCUGGUGACGACAAUGCCAAUGCCAAUGCCACAUCCGGUGCUAGUGGGCGGCAGAGAUAAAUGGUGGUUGAGCUCAUUCUCUUGGGCACAGAUGAUUGUGAUGUGAGAGAGGGAUCUGAUGGUGGUAGCAUACAGCACCAAUGUCAGUCAAAAGGUGGUGGUGAGGUGAUUUGCUGGCACAGCUCCAGUAUUCAGUGCAUGGGGAGGAGGCUGAAGGUAAGGAAUCUCCUGCAGUGACCAACCAAUGUCGACCAUUUCGUUGUCUGUCAACAAUUACUCGAACCUUGUGGCCUAAGCGGGCUUUUGCUGCAGUGCCAUCAUAAUAGAGCGCUGUCAUACGACAGGGUAUGUGGCAGAGCUGUGCUGCACUGUAAAUUGCAGUAUGCACCUCGGCAUUCACAAUAGCUGCACUGCGACGCUUGCAUUGGGGUAACAAAAGUGGUCCAACCAACACAAUAGCUUCGACAGCAGACCACAAUACCGGUAGCC